AUGUCGGAAGAUCUUUCAUUGAAUGAUGUAGUAAUGCCUAAAUGUUUUACACGUAUAGCAGUGAUAUUUGAUUAUAAAAUAGAUGAUUUAGAAGAACCAUUAAUUGAAUUUCUUCGAAAAUUUUGUCCAAUUGCAUUUUGGAAAAUUGUUUAUGAUCAUAAUAAACCAAAUUAUGGUCAAUUAGUAGAAUCAAUAUCGAAUUUAAAUAAAAUAUUUAGUCGAACUGAACAACCUGAUAUUCCUAUUUCUAACUAUAUUAAUUGUAGUUUUCAAGAACUUGAUGUAUAUCCUUAUUCAAUUAUACCAACCGACGAUGCGCCUUUAUUUUUUCUUCAUCAAAUAAAUGUUCGUGAUGGAACAUUAUUAGCAUUUGGUAUGAAUCAUCAAUUUUCUGAUGGACGUGGAUUUUUUACAUUGAUCGAUCGAUUUUCUAAUUGGAUGCGUCAUAAAGAUGAUUCAAAAGUAAUUCCAUUUAUUUUUGAUCGAUCUCUAUUAAAACCAGCGACAAAUGUUCUUUAUGAACAUAACGAAUAUACUAUCCAACCACCUAAUUAUUCUUACAAGGAACUACCUGCUAUGGAUGUAAUUGUUAAAAAAUUUAGUAAAAAAGAAUUAUUUGAUAAAUUAAAAAUAAUAGCGACACAUGUUUCAUUUAAUGAUGUUCUUGUUGCUUGGUUAACUCAAGCAAUAAGUCAAAUACGUCAAAUACCAUUAGAUCAAACAAUUAAUGUUGGUAUGGCAAAUGAUGGUCGAAAUGAGUUAGGUAUUGGUUUAGAUUAUUUUGGUAAUUGUAAUUUUUACUUUUCACUUCAAUUUAAAAUGAUUGAUUUAUUAAAUAAAACCGUUAAUGAAUUAGCUGAACAAAUUAAUGUCGAAAAAAAACAACGAAUGACAAAAGAUUACAUGACAUCAGCAUUGGCUUGGAUUAAACAAGUUUCCAAGCCUGUUCAUCCAGGUUUCAAAGCAUUUUUAGGAAAAGAUUUAGCUUUUACAAACUGGUCACGCUUUCCACUCUAUCAAUUUGAUUUUGGUCAAGGUCCACCUCGACGAGUUGCAUUACCGCCUAGUCGAUGGGAUGGUUUGAUUUUGAUUUUACCAACUGAAACAAAUGCAGUCGAAAUAUAUAUUGGUUUAAAGCAAGAUCAUGCUGAUGAACUUCGUAAACGAAUUGAACAGUUGUAG